AGUUCAUUCUUCUCAAAAGUUUCAUCGUCAAAAAAAUUUUGUAUGUACUCUGCAUAAAUUUUUCAAAUUUAAAUAAAUCAGAAUUUCUUUCGUUUAUGGUUGUAUUUUGAAAAACAACACACAAAAAUAGUUCUAAAAUGGUAAAAACCAAAGUAUCUAAAACUGGCGAAAUCACUGCUUACAGUGAAGUAGCCUUUAGGAAUAACAAUGCCAUGAUUGAGUACUGUCGAACAUCAGCGUGUGCACUUUCGGGAUGUACAGCAGGAAUAAUGGGUCUCACAGGUUUACACGGAUUCGCUUUUUAUUUCUGUGCAGUCCUCGGAUUAUGGUGUUUGUUAUUGUUGAAAGCUGGACCAAGCUGGGAAAAAUAUUUUGUAAAUAGAAUGCAUUUACUAACUAAUGGAUUUUUUGGCGGUUUAUUUACGUACGUGCUAUUUUGGACAUUUUUAUUUGGGAUGGUCCAUGUUUACUGAGGUGGUUUCCAAGAUGGAGUUACCCAAGACAAAGAAACAUUAUCAAAAAAGUGGUUAAGCUUGCAUUCCAGUUGUGUUGAACAAUCCCUAAUCACAAUAAGAAGAAGAAAUCUUAUGAAUUGGAAAACAUUUAUUUCACAUUAUGUACAUUUAACUACUUUGUAAAUAUUUUUACGAUUUUUUUGUAGGAAUUAUAGUGACUUUCGGAAUAACAACUAACCCGAUAAAUUCAGGGUUACAAAAAAAUACACAACGCUAUAGCUGUAUGUAAUUGAUACAUUUCCAUGUUUCUUUCUCUUGAUAGAAUUUUCAUGCGUUGUAGCUAGAAAAAAAAAUGUUAUGGUUAAAUAAAUUUCAUUUUUUAUUGCGUUU